AUGACGACUGAAAAUUCAAGAAAGAUUGCUGUGGUUACUGGCGCAUCAUCAGGUAUCGGAUUUGCUAUCGCUAGGGAGUUGGCACAAAAUGGUUACAAAGUGUAUGCGUGCGCCAGAAGAGUGGAACCAAUGGAGAAGCUGGCAAAGGAGUUUGAAUCAGGUGUAAUUAUUCCCUAUCGUUUGGAUGUGACUAAUGGGGACGAAAUCUUAGAGCUAAAGCGCACUCUAGCUGCUGAAUUGCCAUAUCGGAAACUAGACUUGCUGUACAACAACGCUGGACAAAGUUGUACAUUCCCGGCUAUAGAUGUCACUAACGAUAUGGUUGAACAAUGUUUCAAAGUUAACGUGUUUAGUCAUGUCAACAUGUGUCGUGAAUUGGCUCAGUUUCUGAUCAACGCUAAAGGAACCAUUGUGUUUACCGGCUCGAUCGCCGGUAUCGGUGUACUACCUUUCUCAAGUAUCUAUGCUGCCUCAAAGGCUGCUAUCCAUCAGUAUGCUCGUGACUUGCAUCUCGAAAUGAAACCGUUGGGUGUAAGAGUGAUCAAUGCCAUCACUGGUGGUGUCAAUACCGACAUCGCCGACAAGAGACCCCUACCAGCUACCUCUAUGUACAAUUUCAAAGAGAGUAUGGAAGUGUUUCAGCACAGACAACAAAUGGCUAAAAGGCACUCACCUAUGACCGCUGAAGCCUACGCAGAGAAACUUGUUCGCGACAUCUUGAGCAACAGAGAUCCCGUAGAUGUCUACAGAGGUACGUUCGCCUCUAGGAUGUCCUGGGCAAUUCUCUUCGUUCCUUACUGGGUUCUAGAAUGGGUCGUUAACAGAAAAUUUGGCAUGAACAAAAUCUACAAAGUUCUAAGACAAAAGAAAGAGUAA